AUGGCCCUGGCAUCAAGUAAACAACUGCUUUGUAGAAGAUUCUUUGCAUUGGGAUUCCAAGUCAGAAACCGUAUUGCAGGUUCGAUGUACGAUGCUAUAUCAGCUCGACACUUCGUAUCAAAUGAAAGUCUGGGCAGCACCACUCUCAUUAUGCAAAAUGGAAUGGAUGUCCAAGAGCUACCUUUAGUAGUGAAGAAAAUCAGUGGUAAUGAGGCUUCAGUUCUGCUGUUUAGCAGUGGUAUUGACAACGACUCGAGUAAUGACUGUAGUAACACAAAUCGCAAUGUUACGAAUGAUAUAACAGAUGAGGAACUACAAGACAUAAGUCGUGGAUUUAAAAAUUGUUCUUCCAUGAAUGAGCUUUUGAAAUUACUUGAAGUUGUACCUUCCACCUACGUUAAUUCUUCUGUAGCAUUUCAUAUAUUGGAGAAAAUGAUGGAAUUGGACGGCGUUAGUAAAUCUUUUGAUAAUCACACAUACGACGACAUUGCAGAUAAUUUCACAAAGACUGCAGUUUUCAAUCAGUUGAUUAAUGUGAUAUUUUUGAAUAAUGAACCUUCCGUGUUGCUACAGUGCCUGAUAUUAAUGAAUAGAAAUUCACAGUUCAAGAAAAAUCUAAUGCCGCAUUUCGAAAAACUGAAGGAUCAGAUAUUAUUGUUAGUUACAGGAAAUAAGUACAAAAUUUCCGAAGUAUGUACCAUCGUGAAUGAAUUUCAAUCUGUCGGUGCUACUGCUGACAUUGAUAAAAUGUGGGUCGGUAUUACCGAAGAGUUCGCCAACAUCGACGAGAAAAAUAUUGUUAAUGUUUACCGAACUUUACCAUAUUUCGAUAAAAGUCGCGGAGUAAUCGCAAGCACUUUGCAUAGGAAAAUGACCAGCGUUUGGUGGAAUAUCGUCGGUACAGAUAUUGCUGAAAUCCUCGCAAUUACUAAAGAAACUCAUUCAAGUUCUUAUAAAUUAUUGCAAAUUUCUGCUAGAUGGUUGAACACCAAGAUACACACUAUUUCCGAAGAUGAAUUGUUAUCAAUUUUAAAAGGUUUUCAUGCUUUGGAUUUCGUAAAUUCUCAAAUUAUCACUGCGCUAGAACGAUACAUAAAAAUCAAAGGCAUGGGUAUCGUAAACGAUACUUUAUUCGGUAGCAUUAUGGAAUAUUGUUCGUAUUUUAGAAUACGUUCGAUUCCUAUUCUGAGUAAAUGUUGCGAUUAUUUUAUUCGAAACGGCAAGAAUUUAUCUCCUUCCGUAUUACGAUCUAUUAUUGUUCCUUUCGGACAUCUGAACUACAGUCCUGAUAGAUCUCACGAAUUUUGGAAACUACUGGAAGAAGUUUUGAGAGAUAAGUUUGCGCAGUUUCACGCUGAACAUGUUUUAGACGUUUUACUCAGUUGUUUAUACCUUGAGAGAUUUCCUAUCAAUUUUAUGAACGAUGUUUUCAAUACAUAUUUUUUAACCAAUUUACAAAACACUUGUGCUGUGUGGGAUACUGCGAAAACGAAAUUGAAAUUGAUUGAUCAAGCGAUGACUUUGGAGUGCACAUCAUAUCCUGGACCUCUACUCUAUAAGGAUUUCAAAUCAGUUUUAUAUGGAAUUGACGAUAGAAUAAAAUUCUUUGUAAAAAAUUGUAAGGAACAAUUAAUCGCCACUGCCGGCUCAGAAGAUAACUUACAAUUAUUCAAAUACGUUCGCAGUACCUCGUUAGUAAACAAUGUUUUUACGAUUGAUGCAUUGAUUACUUCUGCGGCGAAUUCGCAUCCAAAAAGUGACCCGUCAAAGCCUAUAGCACUGUUGUUUCAUAUUCCCGAACAUUACAUUUUAGAAGAAAACCUUCUAAUUGGUCCUCAGGUUUUGAGGCGACGUCUUUUGGAAAAACUUGGAUAUAAGGUUGUAGAUUUGAAUUAUUUGGAAUUGGUGAAAUUGCGCUCUCAACCGAAAUUUUUUGUAAGUCAUAUUAAACAAGCCAUUGGAGAACAACAUUAA